AUGGAGAUGGGAAUCGAUUACAAAAUUUUAAAUCUGUAUACAACAAGGCAAUACGAUAAAUGUUUGAUAUUAUGCAAUACGGUUUUGAAAGACAAAAAUCAUCGCAUGAUAGAGUUCAUUCGUAUGCGUGCUAUGACUAUUCAAGCAAAAAUAGCAGGUAAUGGAUACGAAGAAGUCAACUAUUUUCCACAAGUUGACGACUGGACAACAACAGCGGUUUCGAAAACACCUAGACCUGGAACAUCAUUUCAGAGAGCAGUGAAAACAGCACACAGUGCCUCUACAAGUAAAGAAGCACCUAUGACAGCUACAGUGACUGCCCGCGCCGGCACAGCUCGCGUCCGCACUGCUCGUACACUCCACACUGCAUCACGCGCCUCCCGGGCCGCUACAGCCCUUGCAAGCGGAAAUUCUUUCAUUUCAGACGCCCCAGUAACCUUAAGAUUUAUAGAAAAAGACGACAAACUGUUUGUUCCAGCAUCUAAAACUCUUUUUGAAUAUAUUUAUUAUUGUGAAUGUAACGUUCGUAAGGCCAUGGAUGUAGCAUUCCAAGCAGUCAAGGCGAGUGAUUCAAACGACUGGUGGUGGAAUUUUUCUCUCGCUCGUUGCUACGAAACCCUAGGGAUGUACAGAAAUGUAGAGGAAUGCCUACGGCAAGCGCUUAGAGUAAACAAGCACAUAACAAUAUAUUUACGGCUGGUGGCUAUGUAUGUUGGUCUCAAUCAGCCUCUUUCCGCACUGGAAGUUUGUAAACAAGGUCUUUUAGUAUUUCACAUGAAUGUGUCCUUAUUACUAGAACAAGCACGAAUACAUGCACAUAUGGGCAACUUCGCUGUGGCUGUUAACUAUUAUCGUAUAAUAGCGACUGAAGACCCUUCUAAUAUGGAGGCGAUCGCAAAUAUUGCUAUGUAUAAUUUUUACAACGAUCAACCAGAGAUUGCAUUAAGAUAUUACAGGAGGCUGCUGGCAACGAGUCCUCCCGGUCCAGAGAUUUAUAACAAUCUCGGUCUAUGUUGUCUCUACUGUAAUCAAUGGGACCUAACACUGCCAUGUUUUCGACAGGCGAUCUUUUAUGCCACUAAUCCAGAAACUUGUUCAAACAUUUGGUUCAAUUUAGCUCACGUCGCAUUGUCGACCGGAGACAUGGUGCUCGCCCGCCGCUGCCUGCUCGUAAGCGUGGCUAGCUCCGAGCACGGACCCGCGCGCCGAGCUCUAAGAACGCUGGAAUUGCGCGCACGCAAUAAUCACGCUCGAAGAGAUAUUUAAAUAUUAGCGCGUCUCGUGUUGUCAUUGUCAUUUUCAUCUAAAUUCUUUACGUGCAUUCAAAUAACUUUCAUAGUAAAAGAAUCUAAUACAAUUGUGUAUCUAUGUUAAGAUAAUAAAAAAACCAAAUGUCAAAUAUUA